AUGUCAAAGUUAACUCUUCCAUUAGCUAGAAGAGAAACCCUCCCAAAUGUUACUGCUGACACCACGAAAACAAAAGAAAUUUGGGAUAAUAUUAGACUUCAUAGAGACAAAGUUUCCUGGCAUAAAGUGAUUUGGUUUCCUCUUCACAUCCCUAAGCUAAGCAUAAUCUCUUGGAUGGCUAUUCUGGAUCACCUUCCUACUCGAGAUAGACUAAUUAGAAUGAGAAUUAUUACUGAUAGUCUUUGUAUUUUGUGCAAUGAGGAUCCUGAAUCCAGAAAUCAUUUAUUUGUUGACUGUAUUUAUGCUACUUCUCUUUGGAAUUCUAUAAUGAAUCUUUCUAGCAUGAGAUAUACACACAGGUCAUGGGAAUCAAGGAUUGAAUGGGCUACUCAAACUUGGAAGGGUAAAUCUCUCCUUUCCAUCAUUUUGAGGAUCGCAUGGACUGCUUUUAUAUACUUCAUUUGGGAGGAAAGAAAUAGAAGACUUUUCAAUAGAGGAUCCAGAACUGCAGAUCAACUUCUCACAUAUGAAGCUCUUCAGUCUGCAGGUUACCUUGCAAGGCUCUUUCUUAAUACUGUGGAUAACCCUCUUCAGUGGCUUGAAGAGUGUUUAUUGGUCUUAGGCCUUGAGCGUUUUGCGACUUUGAAACCCCCUUCAGUUGGUGUUGUGAAGCUCAACUUUGAUGGUUCUCUGGAUCCUACGACGGGGUCUACGACUGUGGGAAUCAUAGCUUAG